CCCUCGCAAUGUUGCAAAUCGCGCGCCUUUGAAGGGCAGCUGGCCGCUUGUUGCGCAAGGCCAGGCAGGCGGAGCUCGCCGGGGACAGACAGCGGGGCGUCCACCUUUCCCACGCGUGGACGCGAAAGGCUUUUAAUCAUGCUUCGAGCAUUCAAACGCACAGGUGGUAGUUUUGAGCGACACCUGUCAAGGUGGCAGCAUUAUCAUAAAUCUGUCCUGGCAAUCAGAAGAGAGGACGUCAAUGCCUGGGAAAGAAGAGCCCCGUUAGCCCCACGGCACGUCAAACUUUUAACCAACCUGGGCUACAAAGUUCUGGUGCAACCGUCCAAUCGAAGGUCCAUCCACGAAAAAGACUAUGUUAAAGCUGGCGGUAUUAUACAGGAAGACAUUUCGGAGGCCUGCCUGAUUGUGGGCGUGAAGAGACCACCGGAGGAUAAACUAAUUCCCAACAAGAACUAUGCAUUCUUCUCUCAUACUAUUAAAGCUCAGGAGGCAAAUAUGCCCUUGUUGGAUGAGAUCCUGAGCAAGAACAUUCGACUGAUAGAUUACGAGAAGAUGGUGGAUCAUAGAGGAGUGCGAGUUGUAGCCUUCGGAAAGUGGGCUGGCGUUGCAGGUAUGAUCAACAUUUUACAUGGAAUGGGAUUGCGAUUUCUUGCCCUGGGGCAUCAUACUCCUUUUAUGCACAUUGGUAUGGCCCACAACUACAGAAACAGUAGCCAGGCUGUCCAAGCAGUCCGCGAUGCUGGUUACGAAAUUUCCCUAGGCUUGAUGCCAAAGUCUAUUGGACCCAUAACAUUUGUGUUUACAGGCACAGGCAACGUGUCUAAGGGUGCCCAAGAAAUGUUCAAUGCCCUCCCUUGUGAGUUUGUGGAGCCCCACGAGCUGAAGGAGGUCUCUCGAACUGGAGACCUCAGAAAAGUCUAUGGGACGGUGUUGAGUCGACACCACCACCUCGUAAGGAAGAGCGAUGGCGUGUAUGACCCCGUGGACUACGACAAGCACCCAGAACACUACACCUCUCGUUUCAACACGGAUAUUGCACCUUACGCUACUUGCGUGAUCAAUGGGAUCUACUGGGAGCAGCAUACUCCGCGACUGCUAAGCAGGCAGGAUGCCCAGCGACUUCUGGCUCCUCUGCGACCUGCUGCUGCUGCUACUGAGGGUUGUCCGCAAUUGCCACACAAACUUGUUACAAUAUGCGACAUCUCUGCAGACACUGGAGGGUCUAUAGAAUUUAUGACGGAAUGUACGACAAUAGACAGCCCCUUCUGCAUGUAUGAUGCCGAUCAGCAUAUUAUCCACGACAGUGUGGAGGGAUCAGGGAUUUUGAUGUGUUCCAUUGACAACCUGCCAGCUCAGCUUCCUAUAGAAUCAACAGAAUGCUUUGGAGACAUGCUUUUCCCUUACAUUGAAGAGAUGCUGUUAUCUGAAGCCUCGGAGCCCCUCGAAAGCCAGAAUUACUCACCUGUAGUUAGAGACGCAGUGAUUGCAUCCAAUGGUUCAUUGACUGAUAAGUAUAAAUAUAUCCAGAAACUGAGGGAGCGCAGGGAGUACACCCAGUCACUGACCAUGGAUAAAAAGAGGAAGAUCUUGAUACUUGGAUCUGGCUACGUCUCGGGGCCUGUGAUAGAAUACCUCACGAGAGACCCCAACAUUGAAAUAACAGCAGCCUCUGUCAUGAAGAAGCAACUUGAGCAGCUGGCUAAGAAGUACAGCAAUGUUGUUCCUGUCGUCGUGGAUGUCACUGAAGACGAGAAGAGGUUAGAGGCCAUGGUGAAGAAGCACAACCUUGUUAUCAGCUUGCUGCCUUACGCAUUCCAUCCUGUGGUUGCUAAGAAGUGCAUUGACAACAAGGUGAAUAUGGUUACUGCCAGUUACCUGACACCUGCUAUGAAAGAGCUGCAGGAAAGUGUCGAGGCGGCUGGCAUUACCGUUAUCAGCGAAAUGGGUCUGGAUCCUGGGCUUGAUCAUAUGCUGGCGAUGGAGUGUAUUGAUAAAGCGAAAGAAGUGGGGGCUACGGUGGUGUCUUACACGUCCUUCUGUGGUGGCCUGCCCGCUCCGGAACAUUCUGGCAACCCCUUGAGAUAUAAAUUCAGCUGGAGUCCACAGGGAGUCCUGCUCAACACAGUUCAACCUGCCACGUAUUUAAAAAAUGGAGAGAUUAUUAAUAUUCCAGCCGGAGGAGCUUUGCUUGAUUCUGUUACUGUCAUGGAUUUUUUCCCAGGAUUAAAUUUGGAAGGUUUUCCAAACAGGGACAGUACAAAAUAUGCCGAACCCUAUGGCAUUCAGUCAGCUCACACUCUCUUAAGAGGAACAUUAAGAUACAGGGGUUUUUCUAAAGCCAUUGGAGGCUUUGUGAAAUUAGGACUGAUAAAUUCAGAGCCGUGUCCUAUGCUCAGCGCAACAGCAGCUUCUAUCACCUGGAAAGAACUUAUGUGCAGGCUACUUGGACUUAAGCCGUCUGCCAAAUACGAUAUUCUCCGAAAUGCCAUCUACAAUAAACUGAAUGAGGAUGCAAGGCAGCUGGAUGCGGUCGAAUGGCUGGGGUUACUUGGAGAUGAGCCCGUUCCAAUAGCAGAAACAAUAGUUGGUGCACUAGCGAAACACAUGGAGGCCAAGCUAUCCUAUGGUCCCGGAGAGCGCGAUAUGAUAGUCAUGAGGAAUGAAAUAGGACUCAAACACCCGUCCGGUCAUUUGGAAGACAAAUAUGUCAAUCUUGUGGUGUAUGGAGACGAUAAAGGAUAUUCUGCAAUGGCUAAAACCGUAGGGUACCCGACUGCUAUCGCAGCAAAGAUGGUUCUAGAUGGAGAAAUUGACACCAAAGGCAUGGUCAUCCCAUUAACCAAGAAUAUUUAUGGACCAAUACUUGAACGUGUUCGAGCUGAAGGAAUUACCUACAGUACCCAGAGCGUUAUCAAACAAUAAAGGAGACUCUUUUUCUAUCCUCCUUUUUUCCCAGCCUAUAGUUUUGCACGCACAUUUUGAAGCCUAAAAAUAGUUGUCCAUAGGCACAAUUCCCCCAGGAGUCUUCCCUAUCUAGAGCCCAUUGAACUGAAUAGCAGUACAAUUCUCUUGUGUGCAGUGCCAGUCUGUUUUAGUGAAACUUCGACAAGAGAAAUUACGGGUGAGUUGUGCUGUGUACCUUUUUUUACCGACUGGGAUUCAAUGCACUCUGGACCUGGAAGCAAAUCCCAUGUAAUUCAGUUUGGCUUACUUCUGAGCAGGCUGCCCUGCAAGGGUGAUUUGUAAAGCUUUUCAGGUGGAGAACAGGUGUCCAGUCAUAGCAGAGGAGCGCAGGGCUCCUCAAACGAUGCCAAAACGUUUUACUCGUAUCCUAAAUGCUGCAACAUUGCUGAAUGUAGUGAGUUCAAGGCUUCAUUUUUAAACGGAACAUUGACCCCGGAAUAUGUGACAAGAAGAAAAUUGUAAUAUUUGUUGCUUUCCCCAUUCUAUUCAUCAUAUGUGUGGUCGGCCUAAGGUCCUGAGACAUACUAUGAAGAGCUUCUGUUUAAAGUCCAGGAGGUGUUGUUUCCCACAGAAUAGCAUAGCAGUCAUUUUAUUGUGUCCUUGGCCUUCUCAGAAUGUAUAUGGGGCAGCCCUCCCUCAAAUAUGCACCUCAAGAGUUCCUACUUGCCUGAUGGCCAUGGAACCAGAUGUGUGUUGGAAGCACAUGCACCUGUGCCCUAUAUCAUGAAGUUUGCAGAGGCCAUGGCAUCUCCACGUAAAAGGGUCUUUGGCAGAAAGAACAAGAAUGGCCUGUGCCUAGGACUGAAUACCUUUUUCCAGGCAGAAGAUAAAGGGUCACAUAGACCAAAGGUCUGAAAAUCCUUUCAUGGCAGACAUAGCCAUGGGAGUUGCGCUCUCUCUCUCUCUCUCUCUCUCUCUCAUAUCCUCAUCAGGCAUUCCAGUUAGGUUAAAGUAAAGGGGGCAGGAGGAGAAUCACUUCUGCGGCCUCUUAACUUUGCAGGUUUCUAAAAUUUGAGGCGCCUUCACAAAUUUGCUUCAGACCUUCACCUUCCACAAACUAGAAGGUGACAAGUAAAAGGACAGCGAGGGUGGAGCUAGCCUAUGUGGCCUAUGUGUUUACUUUAACCUGAUUGUGACACCUGAAGAGGGCUUAUAUCAUAAUCAAAACAGGAAACACGUUUUAUUUUGCACUACAGUGCUUAGAAAAUCAUGUCAACAGUAUUUUUGUAUGUAUUGGGGAAAAAACAUGAUUGUUUAAAACAUUUCAGUAACGUAUUUGACGUGAGAGCUUGGAAAAUAGCACUCUCUGUACCUUACGUCAAACAGUUUCACAUGUGCCAAAUUUUAUAUUGUUUGAAACCAUGCUUCAGUCUCCUGGUUAAUACCCAAAGGUGUUCAAAGAUAUGGAAAGAGUGUAUGCUUGCUACAGGCUUUUAGUUUCUCUAUAUUAUAUAUUCUGUUAAGCUGUUACGUUGUGCCUCCAACAACUUUACUUGCCUCAUGCUUGUGAGGAACAACAAUAUUUUAGAUGCAGUUUUUGUACUGUAUGCACUUUCCUUUUGAGAGAAAUGUCCAAGUGUUCUUGUUCUGCAGUUGCCUUCCCAAUCAACCUCACCCAAAACAAUAAUAGGACAAUUCGGCAUACUGGGCUUGUUAAAUAUGACCAUUUCCUCUGCCUUAUAUCACACAUAUCUGGUAGUUUUAAAUGGAGACAUUCCAAAUACAGUGAGGCAUCCCAUGUCUUUGCCUCAAGAAAUAAAUAAAAGGUCAUUUUCUUCCUGGAAAAAAAUAAGGUCAACUGCUUUGGUAUGUUUUCAUGGUAAGCAUCGGGGAUGCAUGGAGUGCAACGCAUGACCUGGUUAUCAUAUGGAAUUUGGCUUCUGAAACUCCGUGGUUGUCUUUGCAUGUAAUGCUAAGCUUAUGGGUUAUGGGUUAGCACUACAAGUAUGAGCCACAGCAAGUCUUGGGUUUGCAUGCUCCAUUCUCUUUCCUGCAAUGCAGUCCUGAAGGAGAGUUUGGAAACUUUACUUUCUGAUGCAGACUUAGACUAUAUCUGCAGCUUUCCAUGUUGCCCAGAC